AUGUUUGAUCGCUCCGUGAGAGGAACGGAGAAGAGCAGUCACACCGUGAGCAAUCACCAGAAGAUAAAAGUAAUUGUUGUACCAUUCACGCACACCGAUCCAGGAUGGUUAAAGACGUUCGACUCGUAUUCCAAGGAUACAGACGAUACUCUGGAUGCAAUGUACGAUUUCUUCAAAACACACAAGGAUAUGACUUUUAUGUGGGCGGAGACGAUUUUUUUGGAGCACUGGUGGCGCAAACAAAACCGCACUGUUCGCGAAGACGUCAGAGAGUGA